GCAGAGAGAUCCAAGGAAUUCAACAGCAGGAGGUGACGUCAGAAUCACUCGUUUUGCGGUGUUGUCGCUCUCAAAAACAUUUGAUAUGGAGUAGAACAAUUACCCAUGUUCCGAAGUUUAGUUUUCGCAUUUUCGGGGACUUUUUCAGUUCGCAAAAUACUUUUGUAUUAACUUCACAAGAGCGACAUUGAGCAGUGAUAGCAUGGCAAAUUCGUUGUUUUGUUUUUCUUGAGGAUAUACGGAAUUUCUCCUCGCAAACAACAGGGGAAGUGCCCCCUGUCCUUUGUCUGACACGGGUGUUUUUAAAGUAUUCGACAUGGACAUUUACGGAUACAAUGGUGUUUUUCUGGUCAAAAGACUAUUUAAUAAUGCAGCUUUUGAGAUUUCGAACAUGUCAGACAUUACGAAGACGAAUCCUCAGGGAUGCGAUAACGGGGCUUUGACAAACAGAUUCGGAGUCUUGAUUCAAGGGUUGCUGGCCAUAGUUGCCUUCAGCACAUUGAUGGUGAAGAGGUUCCAUGAGCCCGUAGGGGUCAGAAGACCAUGGAGGAUCUGGUUUUAUGACACGUCCAAGCAGGCCAUUGGCGCUCUCUUCAUCCACUUCGCCAAUGUGUUCCUCUCCAACCUCACAGAAAUGGACCCCUGUUCCCUGUAUCUGAUGAACUUCCUGCUCGAUGCCACGCUAGGCAUGCUGGUCAUCUGGGCGGGGGUCAAGGUUGUCUCCAGGAUCGUGGAGUACAAGCAGUUCACACUGCUCACCUUUGGAGAAUACGGUGACCCUCCCCAGGCUGCAGCAUGGCUCGGUCAGUGUGGUGUCUACCUUCUCAUCAUGGUCCUGGAGAAGAGUGUAGUCAGCUUGGUCCUGCUCAUUCCUGGAUGGACCAACCUGCAGUCUGUGUUGCUGGACUACAUCCCUAACCCUCAGGUGGAGCUUGUGUUGGUCAUGCUCAUCGUGCCCUUCAUUGUCAACUCCAUCAUGUUCUGGGUGGUGGACAGUCUGAUGAUGAGGAAGUACAAGACUCUGAAGAGCCUGGUCGACUCCUGCGACUCCUCGACCAAGGUCGACUCCACGGCACCCUGGGUUACCGGCGACGAGUCACGGACACAAAUGACUGAAGAGGGGGCCAGAGAUCACGAUAACAAGAAGAAAAAAACCUUAACCUGCCCCGACCAUCCUCCUCCCGCUCCAAAUGGCUUUCGCAGAUUCUGCCGUUACUCUCCUAAAGUUGCCGGUAAUGGGCUACAUGAGAAGUCGGCAACAUUUUUCAUGUGGAAUGCCAAUUUAUCUUACCAUUUCUACCGAUCUGCGUGCCAGUUAUGGUUUUCAUGUGCACCUUUUUGUGGAACAUUUUCAUUUAUAAAAACGUCUUCGUACCUCAAAAUCAUUGUCAUGUGGUUAAUCAAAAUUCUAUCUAAAUGAAAAUGAUGCAAACCUAAAAAGUCAAUUCUAUUGCCAUUGCCAACUAUGUAAAAAUAGCCUAUAAAGCCAACAAAUAAAAACAUUGCUGCCCGCAGGUAGAAAAUGUCCUGAUUUUAAAAAUGAAUAUACUAUAAAUCACAUUGGCUAUGCAUGGCCUGUCUGCAGCGAACUUUAAACAUUGUAUAAACUAUUUAACUUGGGUCUGGCCUGAAACUCCUUGCAACAUUGUAUACAAUAUUCUGGGCCCUCAAAGUUGUCCAUGCUAGUGAGCUCGGAACAGACACAGCAGUAGGCUAUUUGCGUAAGGGAUAAGAAGUAAUCAGGUUGGCCUAUUUUUAUGAUGUUUCCACUGGGUCAGAGCAUGACAUUUUUCCCUUUCACGCUGAGUGGUUAUUGAAAGGGAGAGAGCUGGAAAGAUUUUCUUUUAAAUACAUUGGGGAAUUGUCAUUUUCAAUUCAUGUAAAAACAAUUUGUUUGCUUGCUGUUUGAGGUGAAAAAAAUUACUUUGAGAAGCUCUGCAGGUCAUUAGUGAUCGUGCAUUAAACCAAUCAGAAAUACUAUCAGAUCCCCAAAUGGGCACAUUUAUAUGUCUACGUUUGCACCCAGACCAGGUAGCCUAUAGACCUACUUCUAUGUGUAAUCAGGUGCGCGUCUUUACUCAACAUUGACGGGUGCGCUCCAAACAAAACACAAUGAAAAUGUAAUGACGUAAAACCAACAUUUGUUUCUCACAAGUGUAGCAUAUAAUAUAUUUAAUGUGUUAACAGACAUUACCGUAACCAGACAAACUUUGGUAGAUUACAAAUGAUAGGAAUGAACUGUAAAUGGACUACUGGUGAUAUACGUAUGUAAUCGGGAAUUGAUUGAAACUAACAGUCAAAUGCAAGUUAUGAAACAAUGAAUGUACACAAAUUGGGAGGGAGCCCAUUCUGGAGAGAGACGUGCAUUGUGCAGCCACACUCCUCUUCUUAGACUGUGCCCCCCGCGGCCUCCGCAAUGGAUUAGUCUCGGCCUCCGUAAUGGAUUAGUUCACUGGGAUGGGCACGAAUAAGACUGGUGUCUCGUGUGCCAUUCAUUUUUUUUUAUAUAUAUAUAUGUGUGGAUUCGGCUAUUUCAGCCACACUUGUUCGAGCACACAGCUAUGCAAUCUCCAUAGACCCGUAGUGAAGAGCUCAGUGACUUUCAACGUGGCACCGUCAUAGGAUUCCACCUUUCCAACAAGUCAGUUUGUAACAUUUCUACCCUGCUAGAGCUGCCCCAGGCAACUGUAAGUGCUGUUAUUGUGAAGUGGAAACUAGGAGCAACAACAGCUCAGCCGCGAGAUGGUAGGCCACAAAAACUCACAGAACGGAACCGCCUGAUUGCUGUAGUGUGUAAAAAUCGUCUUUCCUCUGUUGCAACACUCAAUUCCAAGUUCCAAACUGCCUUUGGAAGCAACGUCAGCGCAUAACUGUUCGUCGGGAGCUUCAUGAAAUGGGUUUACAUGGCGCGCAUAAGCCUAAGAUCACCAUGCGCAAUGCCCAAGCGUCUGUCGGCUGGAGUGGUGUAAAGCUCGCCGCCAUUGGACUCCAUCUUGCAGUCCGACAAAAUAAUCUGGGUUUGGCGGAUGUCAUGAGAACGCUACCUGCCCCAAUGCAUAGUGUCAACUGUAAAGUUUGGUGGAGGAGGAAUAAUGGUCUGGGGCUGUUUUUUAUGGUUCGGGCUAGGCCCCUUAGUUCCAGUGAACGGAAAUUUUAACACAACAUACAAUAAUAUUCUAGAUGAUUCUGUGCUUCCAACUUUGUGGCAACAGUUUGGGGAAGGCCCUUUUCUGUUUCAGCAUGAAAGCGAGGUCAAAGCGAGGUCCAUACAGAAAUGGUGUGUCGAGAUUUGUGUGGAAGAACUUGACUGGCCUGCACAGAGCCCUGGCCUCAACUACAUCGAACACCUUUGGGAUGAUUUGGAACGCUGACUGUGAGCCAGGGCUAAUUGCCCAACAUCAGUGCCCGACCUCACUAAUGCUCUUGAGGCUGCUGCGGGUACUUGCUUCCAUUCAAUGUUCCAACGUCUAGCGGAAAGCCUUCCCAGAAGAGUGAGGGCUGUUAUAGCAGCAAAGGAGGGACCAACUCCAUUUAAUGCCCAUGAUUUUGGAAUGAGAUGUUUGACUAGCAGGUGUCCAUAUACUUUUGGUCAUGUAGUGUAUAUUUGCUACUGCUCGACUAAAUAAUUUUGGUUGCCAGCCUAUCUCCCAAACAAUCAACCAUUCAAAUAAUUGGGGCCAGCCCUACAGUUAACCAUAAGAGGGGACUGCAGAUCUGAGUGCUACUGCUCUGUGGGAUCAUGAAGGGAUGCCGUUUGAUGACAAAACAUUAAAGCCCAUGGGUGUAAGAGAGACUUUCCCACCAAAAAUCACAACACUCCACAUCCCCAUGGGACACUGGCUCAUGACGUCUGUGUUUGUUGAGAAAGAAAAGAAACGGAGUGUGUGUGUGAGUUAUGAUAGAUGUCCGUCACAGUGAUUUAGCCUGUCUGCACCUGUUUUAUGGGGGCUUCCACACACACACACACACACACACACACACACACUGCUUUCUGGGUUGGUCUAAAGGGCAACUGGCCCACAUAGUUACUGUCAAGGAAAGACUGAGUCAGGGAACCUCAACCUCCUCUCCCCCUUUCACUCCAUUUUUGUUUGUCUCCGUUUUCUCCCGUCAAUUUGUGGUGUUGUUUCUCUGUGGGUCCGUUACCCGAGAUGGAUCGUGUCGUGUGAAAUGGAGUCCAUGUCCUGCUUGUCCCUGUUGUUCUGGAAAAUAAGAGUCUGAUUAUCACAGCAAUGUUAUUGACAUUCCUUGUUUGGCAAGACACGAGUGAUGGAUGUAUGGAGCUAGAGCGGCCAGACAGUUGUCACAUCGUUGAGUCAAGUGUCUUCUGUGUUGUAGAGUUGCUCCUAAUCUGUUGAUGUAGUCUACCGUAAGUGUGUGAUCACCUUGUUUCAUUGGAUCCAUUGUGAGAAUUGUAUUUGGUGGGAGAACAGUUAGUAGGUGGUGAAUAGUGAUGUCAUUAUGAUAUUAGUUAACUGUCUCCAGUGGGUAUAUAGUGUUCCAUUUGAGUGGCUGUGAAAUCAUGUACUGUAUAUUGGAGUAGUGAGACUGUCGACAGAAGCCUUCUGUGUUGGGUAAUCAGACAGAAUUGUCCUCCAACGCAUUCAAUGUGUUACUGUACACUCUCUCUAUCUGUCCUCUCUCUCUUUCUCACCCUCCCUCUGGAGUCACAAUGAUGAUGACAGACUGGCAGUGUUUCUCUCUCCCUCCUCGUCCCUGGUACUCUGCCAAGCAGCAACAAAUCAUCCCUUCAUCCCGGGAAUAAAAGUGACAUUUGGAAUUAAUUUCCAUUUGUUGAUGUCAUGAAAAGAGGAGGGGAAGAUGGUUCUCUCCCUCUAUGUCCAUGGGAGAGAGGAGGGCAUUGAUUAGGGAGAACUGUUGGAGUUUGGUUGGGCUGUGUGUCUGUGUGCAAUGAGUUUGAUUUCAGUUCCCGACACGGUCUGUAGGAUAGUGUUUGGAAAGGAUUUCAUCCAUGGUCAGCUGUGGCCAUAUGGUGUUCAGAGUAGGCUGUUUUACUUUUAUCACAACAAAAUGUUUGAGAAACACAGACACAGCAUCGGUAGUCUGGCCUCUUGGUUUGAGUGUAACCGAAUGAAGAUUUAUUUGGGAUUGGCCUCAUAUUGGGGAGAGAGGAAGGCUGGGCAAGCCCCCUUUCUGCCUCUGCUUCUCCCAUUACUAUAAUCUCAUCCAAGAUGUCUGCAUUGGGCACACACACUCGCACACAUGCAUGCACACACUACCAUAAUCUCAUCCAAGAUGUCUCUGUAUCCAGCAUACAGUGCAUUCGGAAAAUAUUCAGACCCCUUGACUUUUUCCAUAUUUUGUUACGUUAUAGCCUUAUUCUAAAAUGGAUUUAAUAUUUUUUUUCCCUCGUCAAUCUACGCUAGGGUUGCAAAGGGUCAGAAGCUUUCCGGUAAAUUUCUGGAAUGUUUCCAGAAAUUUUCCAUGGGAAGUUAAGCCUGGGAAUUUUGCUCAAAUUCAUCAAAGAAGUUAGCUUAUGAACCUUUUUUUAAUGUGGAAUACACAAGGAAAUUCUAGGUCUUGUGGCAUAUUUUGGUUAAACUAUUCCCAAUUCAAUGGAAUUGCACUGUGCAUGCAGAGGGUUGCAAUCUUCCAUCACAUGUACAGCUGAUUCUCAAGAUCUUGCACACUAAUGAGAUGCUAUUGAGCCCACACUACUACACCGUCUGAGCCAAGGACUACAUACUUUCUGGUAAAUUUUGAUUAUAAUACUGGGUGGGGUGAAUAUAUUUUAUGACAUUAUUUUUUUGUUAACUAGUAAAUAGUAGCCUACAGCAAAGAGUAUUUAAAUCAUUUGUGACUUCUUAACAAUUUCUGCUAGUUAGUUUUUGCUACCAUGUGGGUUUCAGCUUGCUUGAGCCUGCUAACUGAGUGUUAAUUCACCUGUUUCCAUACAUGUUACAUUUGAAAACAUUUAUCUUACAAAGGGGUUGUUUAAUCUAACUGCUUAACUAUUUAUCUGUACAUUGAAUAGCAUUUUUAUUUAUUUUCUACACUUUUUUUACAGGAACAUUUCCACAGGCACUAUCUGAUGUGUGGAGACAUUUCACUGCAGCUAAUGUAGAUGGAAAAGCUGUGAACAUUUGCAAAUACUGUGCCAAAUCAUAUGGGAAGAAUGCAACAAAGAUGGAGAAUCAUCUAGCCAAGUGCAUAAAGUUCCCUCAGCACUCACAACAAGCAACCUCUGACAAAAAUCCCUCUACUUCUAUUCAAGGCAAAAAUUAUUAACCAGACACCUUAUCGAUAGCAACAGCUCAUGGUCCUCCUGGAAUCAGAAGGUUUUUUGUGUCUCAAUGGAGGAACGUAGUCAGAGAUGCUGAUGAAUGUCUUGCUUGAGCUGUGUAUGCAACUGGUUCACCUCUGAUGCUCACAGACAAUGUGUAUUGGAAGAGAUUUCUUAAUGUUCUUUGCCCAGCAUGCAGCCCUCCAACCAGACAUGCUUUAUCUACUAAUUUGCUGGAUGCAGAGUUCAACAGAGUUCCAAGUGAAGGUCAAGCAAAUCAUAGAGAAAGCAGACUGUAUUGCAAUCAUCUCUGAUGAGUGGUCGAAUGUUUGUGGGCAAGGAAUAAUUAACUUUAUCAUCUCCACCCCUCAACCAGUAUUCUACAAGAGCACAGACGCAAGGAGACAACAGACACACCGGUCUCUACAUUGCAGGUGAGCUGAAGGCAGUCAUCAAUGACCUUGGACCACAGAAGGUAUUUGCACUGGUGACAGACAAUGCUGCGAACAUGAAGGCUGAUUGGUCUAAAGUGGAGAAGUCUUACCCUCACAUCACACCCAUUGGCUGUGCUGCUCAUGCAUUGAAUCUGCACCUCAAGGACAUCAUGGAACUGAACACAAUGGAUACAAUCUACAAGAGAUCUAAGGAAAUGGUUAGGUAUGUGAAGGGUCAUCAAGUUUUAUAGCAGCAAUCUACCUCACCAAGCAAAGUGAGAAGAAUAAGAGCACCACAUUGAAGCUGCCCAACAACACCUGUUGGGGUGGUGUUGUCAUCAUGUUUGACAGUCUCGUGAAGGGGACGGAGUCUCUCCAAGAAAUGGCCAUAUCACAAUCUGCCGAUAUGGACAUAGCCUCAUCAAGAGGAUCAUCCUGGAUGAUGUAUUUUGGGAGAGCGUGGUAAGCAGCCUGAAACUCCUGAAACUUAUAGCAGUAGCCAUUGCACGAAUUGAGGGAGACAAUGCCAUCCUGUCUGAUGUUCAGACUCAGCUUGCAGAUGUAGGGGAAGAAAUCCGUACUGCCCUGCCCACUUCACUGUUGCUCCAAGCAGAAGAAACUGCAUCAAAUGCAUCAAAGCGUGAAGACUUCUGCCUGAAUCCCAUACACUCCGCAGCGUACAUGUUGGACCCCCAAGUAUGCUGGCAAGAGCAUCCUGUCUGGUGCAGAGAUCAACAAGGCCUAUGUCAUCACUACUGUGUCUCGCCACCUUGGCCUGGAUGAGGGCAAGCUUCUUGGCAGUCUGGCGAAGGACACUUCCAAGCAAGGGCUUUGGGAUGGAGAUGCAAUAUGGCAGUCGUCCCAACAUAUCUCAUCAGCCACCUGGUGGAAGGGACUUUGUGGAUCUGAGGCUCUUUCCCCUGUUGCCUCCAUCAUCGGGCGGCAGGUGGUUCGAGCGUUGGGCCAGUAAUCGAAAGGUUGCUAGGUUGAAUCCACGAGCUGACAAGGUACAAAUCUGUCGUUCUGCCCCUGAACAAGGCAGUUAACCCACUGUUCCUAGGCCAUCAUUGUAAAUAAGAAUUGGUUCUUAACUUACUUGCCUAGUUAAAUAAAAAAUCCUCCAAAUCCCACCAACAUCAGCCGCCUCAGAGCGCAACUUGUCCUUGUUUGGGAACACACACACCAAAGCACGUAACAGGCUGACCAAUACAAGGGUUGAAAAAAUGUUGGCCAUCUGGGAAAAUUUGAAGCUUUUUGAGCCUGACAAUAAGCCAUCCUCAACAAGGUUGGAAAGUGACAGUGAAGAUUAGGCCUGAGUGUCUGAUGUUCAAGAGGUGAACAUUGAGGAGGUCCAGGGAGAAGACAUGGAAGCCUGAGAGGAAGACAACCAAAGCUUUAGUUUCCAGACUACCAUUUUACAGAUGUAUGUUGAGAAUGUUUUUGGGGAUGCAAUAGAUCAUUGGGAUCAUUAUAUAUUCCCUUUCUUUUGUUGUUUAGUGAAAUCAUUUAAUCAUUUGCAAUUGUCUACAUAUGUUAAGGUAAAAGGUUUGUUUCUGUCUACAAAUUAUAUGGUAAAUACAGUAGCAAGAAAAAGUAUGUGACCCUUUGGAAUGACCUGGAUUUCUGCAUAAAUUGGUCAUCAAAUUGGAUCUGAUAUUCACAACAAUAGACAAACAUAGUGUGCUUAAACUAAUAAUACACAAAUUCUUGUAUUUUUCUUGUCUAUAUUGAAUGCAUAAUUCAAACAUUCGCAGUGUAGGUUGGAAAAAGUAUGUGAACCCCUAGGCUAAGGACUUCUCCAAAAGCUAAUUGGAGUCAGGAGUCAGCUAACCUGGAGUCCAAUCAUUGAGACGAGAUUGGAGAUGUUGGUUAGAGCUGCUUUGCCCUGUAAUAAACACUCACAAAAUUUGAGUUUGCUAUUCACAAGAAGCAUUGCCUGAUGUGAACCAUGCCUCGAACAAAAGAGAUCUCAGAAGACCUAAGAUUAAGAAUUGUUGACUUGCAUAAAGCUGGAAAGGGUUGCAAAAGUAUCUCUAAAUGCCUUCAUGUUCAUCAGUCCACAGUAAGACACAUUUUCUAUAAAUGGAGAAAGUUCAGCACUGUUGCUACUCUCCCUGUAAGUGGCUGUCCUGCAAAGAUGACUGCAAGAGCACAGCGCAGAAUGCUCAAUGAGGAAGAAUCCUAGAGUGUCAGCUAAAGACUUACAGAAAUCUCUGUAACAUGCUAACAUCUCUGUUGAAGAGUUUACGAUACAUAAAGCACUAAACAAGAAUGGUGUUCAUGGGAGGACACCACGGAAGAAGCGACUGCUGUCCAAAAAAAACAUUGCUGCACGUCUGAAGUUUGCAAAGGUGCACCUGGAUGUUCCAUAGCGCUACUGGCAAAAUAUUCUGUGGACAGAUUAAACUACAGUUGUUGUUUGGAAGGAACACACAACACUAUGUGUGGAGAACAAAAGGCACAGCACAGCACACCAACAUCAAAACCUCAUCACAACUGUAAACUAUGGUUGAGGGAGCAUCAUGGUUUGGGGCUGCUUUGCUGCCUCAGGGCCUGGACAGCUUGCUAUCAUCAAUGGAAAAAUGAAUUCCCAAGUUCAUCGAGACAUUUUGCAGCAUAAUGUUAUACUAUCUGUCCGCCAAUUGAAGCUCAACCAAAGUUGGGUGAUGCAACAGAACAACGACCCCAAACACAGAAGUAAAUCAACAGAGAAUGGCUUGAACAGAAGAAAAUACGCCUUCUGGAGUGGCCCAGUCAGAGUCCUGACCUCAACCCCAUUUGAGAUGCUGUGGCAUGACGUCGAGAGCAAUUCACACCCAGACAUCUUAAGAAUAUUGCUGAACUGAAUCAGUUUUGUAAAGAGGAAUGGUCCAAAAUUCCUCCUGACCGUUGUGCAGGUCUGAUCCCCAACUACAGAAAAUGUUUGGUUGAGGUUAUUGCUGCAAAAGGAGGGUCAACCAGUUAUGAAAUCCAAGGGUUCACAUACUUUUUUCCACUGUGAAUGUUUACACGGUAUGUUCAAUAAAGACAAACGUAUAAUUGUUUGUGUGUUAUUAGUUUAAGCAGACUGUGUUUUGUCUAUUGUUGUGACCUAGAUGAAGAUCAGAUACAAUUUUAUGACCAAUUUAUGCAAAAAUCCAGGUAUUUCCAAAGGGUUCACAUACUUUUUCUUGCCACUGUAUAUCCAAUGCAAAAAACAUCUACAUUUAAACGGUAUUAAUAUUAAUUUGCAUAUAUUUCCAGUAAUUCUCAUAUAUUCCCAUGGAAAGAUUCCACCUCUGAAUAUUCCCCAAAAUGUGCAAACCUAAUCUACACACCAUACCCCAUAAUGACAUAAGUAUUCAGAACCUUUACUCAGUACUUUGUUGAAGCACCUUUUGGCAGUGAUUACAGUCUCAAGUCUUCUUGGGUAUGACGCUACAAGCUUGGCCCACCUGUAUUUGGGGAGUUUCUCCCAUUUUUCUCUGCAGACCCUCUCAAACUAUGUCAGGUUGGAUGGGGAGGGUCGCUGCACAGCUAUUAUCAGGUCUCUCCUGAGAUGUUCAAUCAGGUUCAAGUCCGGUCUCUGGCUGGGCCACUCAAGGACAUUCAUUUGUUCCGAAGCCACUCCUGUGUUGUCUUGGCUGUGUGCUUAGGGUUGUUGUCCUGUUAGAAGAUGAACCUUCGCCUCAUUCCUGAGGUCCUGAGUGCUCUGGAGCAGGUUUUCACCAAGGAUUUCUCUGUACUUUUCUCCAUUCAUCUGUCCCUCGAUCCUGACUAGUCUCCCAGUCCCUGCCACUGAAAAACAUCCCCACAGCAAGAUGCUGCCACCACCAUGCUUUGCCAGGUUUCCUCCAGAUGUGACGCUUGGCAUUCAAACCAAAGAGUUCAAUCUUGGUUUCAGCCGACCAGAGAAUCUGGUUUCUCAUGGUCUGAGAGUCCUUUAGGUGCCUUUUGGAAAUUCCAAGUGGGCCGUCGUGCCUUUUACUGAAGAGUGGUUUCCAUCUGGCCACUACCAUAAAGGCCUGAUUGGUGGAGUGCUGCAGAGAUGUUCCACAGAGGAACUAUGGAGCUCUGUCAGAGUUACCGUCUGGUUCUUGGUGACAUCCCUGACCAAGGCCCUUCUCCCCGAUUGCUCAGUUUGGCCUUCAAUGCUGCAGACAUUUUUUGGUAUCCUUCUCCAGAUCUGUACCUCAACAGAAUCCUGUCUCGGAGCUCUACGGACGAUACCUUUGACCUCAUGGCUUGGUUUUUGCUCUGACAGGCACCGUCAACUGUGGGACCUUACAUAGAGAGGUGUGUGCCUUUCCAAAUCACGUUCAAUCAAUUGAAUUUACCACAAGUUGACUCUAAUCAAGUUGUAGAAACAUCUCAAGGAUGAUACAUGGAAACAGGAUGCACUUGAGAUCAAUUUAGAGUUUCAUAGCAAUACUUAUGAAUACGUAUGUAAAUAAGAUAUUUGUUUAAAUAUUUGUAAUAAAUGUGCAAAAAUGUCUCAACCUGUUUUCGCUUUGUCAUUAAGGGGUAUUGUGUGUAGAUUGAUUUGUAAAAAAAAAUUAUUGAAUCCAUUUUAGAAUAUGGCUGUAAUGUAACAAAAUGUGGAAAAAGUCAAGGGGUCUGAAUACUUUCUGUUUGUGGAAUUAUUAUGCCAUAAAGGCCUUUCCAGAAACUGUAUGAAAUUGGAAUUCCUCUUAGUUGGAAUUAUAUGUGGUGGAGCACUGGUUUGGACAAUAUUCCAGACAGGGAAUAAAGUGGGAUUUUAUAGUCUUGGAGUGGGAAUAACAGCACACCAGACCUGGACACAUCACCUCAUCUUGGCCGACAGCUGCUCACAUGUUUGUGUGACGGUGUCUCUAUGUUUGUGUAUCUAUUCUCUUACGUGUUUCUCCCUC